UUGUUACUCCUGCACUGUAACACUCACCACUUCCUGUCUCUGUUCAUGUUUCAGGCGGGAAGGAAAGACAGGAGUGAUGCUCUGAACACCGCCAUCGACAGGAUGACGAAGAAGACCAGAGACCUGCGCAGACAGCUGCGUAAAGCUGUGAUGGACCACGUCUCCGACUCCUUCCUGGAGACCAAUGUCCCCCUCCUCGUCCUGAUUGAAGCUGCCAAGAAUGGCAACGAGAAGGAAGUAAAGGAAUACGCACAGGUGUUCCGUGAGCACGCCAACAAGUUGAUCGAGGUGGCCAACCUGGCAUGUUCCAUUUCCAACAAUGAGGAGGGAGUGAAACUGGUCCGCAUGGCAGCGUCUCAGUUGGAAACUCUGUGCCCCCAGGUGAUUAAUGCCGCACUGGCCCUGGCUGCCAAACCCAACAGUAAGGUGGCCCAGGACAACAUGGAUUUGUUCAAGGAUCAGUGGGAGAAGCAGGUCCGCGUCCUCACUGAUGCUGUUGAUGACAUAACAUCAAUUGAUGACUUCCUUUGUGUGUCUGAGAACCAUAUUCUGGAGGAUGUGAAUAAGUGCGUCAUCGCUCUGCAAGAGAAGGACGUGGAUGGUUUGGAUCGCACUGCUGGAGCCAUCCGAGGCCGUGCUGCCAGAGUUGUCCAUGUGGUGACAUCUGAAAUGGACAACUAUGAGCCUGGUGUCUACACGGAGAAGGUGUUGGAGGCCACUAAGCUCCUCACCAACACAGUCAUGCCUCGGUUCACAGAGCAGGUGGAGUCUGCAGUUGAGGCAUUGAGCGCAAAUCCCUCACAACCUGUGGAUGAGAAUGAGUUUAUUGAUGCAUCACGUCUGGUGUACGAUGGCAUUCGCGACAUACGCAAGGCCGUCCUAAUGAUUAGGACUCCAGAGGAACUGGAUGACUCCGACUUUGAGACGGAUGAAUUUGAUGUACGCAGCAGGACGAGCACACAGACGGAGGACGACCAGCUUAUCGCCGGCCAAAGUGCACGUGCUAUCAUGGCCCAGUUGCCCCAGGAGCAGAAGGCGAAGAUUGCAGAACAGGUGGCUAGCUUCCAGGAGGAGAAGAGCAAGCUGGAUGCGGAGGUGUCCAAGUGGGACGACAGCGGCAAUGACAUCAUCGUGUUGGCUAAACAGAUGUGCAUGAUCAUGAUGGAGAUGACAGACUUCACUAGGGGUAAAGGGCCACUGAAGAAUACAUCUGAUGUUAUCAGCGCUGCCAAGAAAAUUGCGGAGGCAGGGUCCAGGAUGGACAAGCUGGGCCGCACCAUUGCUGACAACUGCCCCGACUCCACCUGUAAGCAGGACCUGCUCGCCUACCUGCAGCGCAUCGCCCUGUACUGCCACCAGCUCAACAUCUGCAGCAAAGUCAAGGCUGAAGUUCAGAACCUGGGAGGAGAGCUGGUGGUCUCUGGGCUGGACAGCGCCAUGUCUCUCAUUCAGGCCGCAAAGAACCUGAUGAACGCCGUGGUGUCCACGGUGAAGGCCUCCUAUGUCGCCUCCACCAAGUACCAAAAGAACAAAGGCAUGGAGGCUCUGAACAUGCCGGCCGUGUCCUGGAGGAUGAAAGCUCCCGAGAAGAAGCCCCUGGUGAAGAGGGAGAAGCAGGACGACGGGCAGGCCAGGGUCAAGAGAUCCUCCCACAAGAAGCAAGUGAACCCCGUGCAGGCGCUGAGCGAGUUCAAAGCCAUGGAUAGCAUCUAA